AUGCAGGAUGCUCCUUCUCCGGACAAUGACAUCCAGAUGCAGGAUGGCUCUUCCCCUGGGAGUCACAUUUCCAUUCAUGAUGUCCCAUCCCCUGCUGCUUCCUCGCUGCAAAGCGAGAUUUCAAUGACCGACUGCGCGGCCCAUCAAAUCGACAGUCAGGAUGUGGAGAUGUCACGUACGCCAUCCCCUCCACAACAAGAGAAGCCCGUCGUCGUCAGGGUUCUUCCGAGACGUCCUUCUCCCGUUGUUGCUGGCCCAUCUACCGCCAAGGAGGUCGUACCAUCUGUGGUGGCUGCCCCUGGCCAGGGCGUUGCCGGCUACCAGGACAUGGCAGCCCCAGUCGAAAGCACGGACGCCACGAACAAGGGCAACGGCAAGGGCAAGGAGAGGGAUCCUGGGGACGACACGAUGGCGGAUGGACCAUCGACCAACUCCAAUGAGGAGGGGCAGGUAAGCACUUCGGCCUCUCAGGGAAUGUCUACCAGCAGCGAGCAACAGGCUGCGUGGUAUGGGCAGCUUGAGGGUGCAAUCUCUCAAGCUGCCAACCAUUUCCUGAUGGAGGCCCACGACGAUGGCCAUCUCACAGAUCACUCUCUCAAGAGGAUCAUAGAGGAUCGUCGUGCCAGAAGGUUGCCUGCCCUGACCGACUUCAGCUACGACCUGCUUGCCCAGUACCAGCUGGUGCUUGACAAAUUCAGCAAGCUGUACGGAAGUUUCGGCCCUACCACUGCUGGUUCGAGUUUUGUCCUGGCGGCCUGGCGCAAGCUAGGCACGGCGAUUUGUGACAGGACCUUCAGCAAUCCCGAUACAGCCAUAAAGCAGCAUCUUGACGAUGCUGUGAAUAUCCUUGGCUUGCUGGAGGCAGAGAAGGCGGUCAUCAGGUCGAUCUCCGAGCUCUGCAACAGCUUCAGGGAAGUCCUGGAGAAAGGCGGCAGUUCCUGCCCGAUUCUCUCUCACUCUCUCUUGUGUUGGCUCUCUCAUUGCCCUGAGCAUUGUUCUGAAGGCCACCAGUUAGACAUGCGCGCGGUAGGAGCUUCCCAAUGCGUCCUUCGCUUCCUCGUUCUCGGUAGCCACUCCGCAAUAUCCAAUAAGAAGUGA